CAAUCAACAAAACAUGUUAAUCUUUACCAUAUUAUAAUUUAUUGACCCUUAUCUUCUGACUUCAAACAUUUGAUCUAGGUAUAAUAUUUUUGUACUGUUGAUUAGGUACUUGUGUUUAUUCUACCAUCAAAGCAGUUACAGAUCUCUUAUCAAUAUGUCAACUUUUUUUUCGUAUCCGGAUUUCGAACUCCAGCAGAAACUAAGUGCGACUGCUAAAGCUAUUGUGGCACCUGGAAAAGGAAUUUUGGCGGUCGAUGAAUCCAAUGAGGGCAUUGGUAAGUUACUGGCAUCCGUUGGAUUGGAUAACACAGAGAAUAACAGAAGAAAAUAUCGACAACUUCUCUUUACUACAGAUAAUAUCGUCUCCGAAAAUAUAUCAGCGGUGAUCUUGUUUGAUGAGACGGUAUACCAGAAGACCGAUGAAGGUACACUUUUUAUGGAUGUGUUAAAAAGGAAAAAUAUAAUACCGGGUAUUAAAGUCGAUAAGGAUGUUGUACCGUUGUUUAUGUCUGAAGAUGAAUUUACGACGCAAGGCUUAGGUGAUUUAGCCAAACGCUGUGCUGAAUACAAGAACCGCGGUUGUAAAUUUGCAAAAUGGCGUUGCCCAUUAAAGAUUGGGGAGCGAACACCAUCAGUACUCGCCAUUCAGGACACAGCAAAUGUCUUAGCGAGAUAUGCCUCGGUGUGCCAGAGCCAAGGCUUGGUGCCUAUCGUGGAACCGGAUGUGCUUAUUGAUGGGGAUCACGACAUUGAAAGAGCUCAAAAGGUGACGGAGGUCGUUUUAGCUGCUGUAUAUAAGGCGUUAAAUGAUCACCACGUGUUUUUGGAAGGAACUUUGCUGAAACCUAAUAUGGUAACUCCUGGUCAACAAUGCUCAAAACGAAGUAGCUUAGGAGAAAUUGCAUCGGCUACUGUCACUGUAUUGUUGAGAACAGUGCCGGCUGCUGUACCAGGUAUAGCAUUCUUAUCUGGUGGUCAAUCUGAAGAAGAUGCUACGUUAAAUCUGAAUGCUAUCAAUCAAGUGGAUAUGAAGAUACCCUGGGCCCUCACCUUCAGUUACGGGAGGGCUCUCCAAGCGUCCGUGUGGAAGACUUGGGCUGGAGUGGACGCGAAUGUUAAAAUGGCACAACAAGAGCUAUUAAAGAGGGCUAAGGCCAAUGGAUUCGCUUCCCUGGGAAAAUACAAGAUUCCUGUCACAACAUCUGCCGGUGAUGCAUCGAAUUAUAGUAAAAACCACAAGUACUAGGUGCGUCGUUUAUAUGUACGAAUAAAC